GGCCGAUUUCCGUUUUUUGAGCAGAGCCGAACACACAACACAAAGCUUUUUGAACAGCACCCGUGCAUGCUAGUUUCACUACAUAUAGAAGAAGCUGCGUUUUACACUCACGGAGCAGCGUGCCCACUGCACAGAAUGAUCAAUAACUUUUCAGAAGUGAAGGGGGCUUUUGUCCGACAGCGCCUUACCGCUAACCUUGCGACACUGCGAAAAGAUCAAUUUAAAAAGUUCAAAGAUGUGCUGUGCGAGACACCCGUGAAGGACCUUGUCCGUGCAGGAGAUGAAUUUCUUGAUGCACCCAACACGUUCCAGAGGGACGCCAGCCUAGAAACCCUUGUCGAGGAUUUGAUAGGCAAAUUCGGCCGGACUAACGCACUGAGAGCAGCUGCAACAGUGAUGGAAAAAAUAGGGAGAAGGGACCUCGCGAAAGAACUCGAGAGAGAAUUACAUGACGUGGCAGAGACCCAGCAUGAAUUGGAAAGAAGAAAAGUAGGACCAGGUGUAACACUGAUAGGAUUUGGAGUUGGAGCUCUAGCUGGAGCAGGAUAUUGGGCAAUGGCAGCAGCAUCAGUAACUGGAGCUUCCAUGUUUGGUCCAGUUACACUUGGAAUAGCAUCAGGUGCAGCAGUAUGGACCGGAAUAAAAUACCUCCGUAAGUGACAGGGCAGCCGCUGUAGGCACCAAUUUAGUCCCGACGGUAACUGGAGACUUUGUGUUUCUCUAGACGAAGAUUCCUAUUGCCGCCUUAUCUAAGAUUUUCCCUUCACUUCAUCCUGUCGCCGGCUUCCUUCGAAGAGAUCCCGGCGUUGGAAAGACACAGCGGCAAGUGCUGAUCCGAGCCCUCUGUUGAAUUAAAUAAAACGGCGAUUGCUUCUCACA